AUGCGGGCGCAGCAGUGGCUGGACGGUAGUCCGAAGGGCUGGACGGAACAGGACCGAAGCGAGGUGGAGAGGCACUUCGCUCCGGCCGCGGCGACUCUUCUGAGUCAGACCGACAAUCGGGGGGGCGCUGUCAUCCGUGCGCUCGUGCGGUGGCUCUUCGACGAUGAUGACGACGCGCAGGAUGAUGACGAAGAAGAUGUGAAGGACAAGGAGGAGGCCCUGUGCGUGCUGGGACCCGGGCUGCUGCUCACCGCGGCCAUCGCGUCCAGAGGCGACUGUCCGCGGCCUGAGCUGUGUGGAGAGCAGUGCGAUGAGCCGGUCUUGGCCGUCUCACGGCGCCUCUGGGCAAGAGUUUUGGUUGCCGCCGCCGCCGCACAAGACAAGCCCGAGGGCAAGAGCGCCGCAGUGGUCCUACUGGGCGGCAUCUUGCUGAUGUUCCAGCAAUUUCGACACACGGGCGCCGCGCAGGGCUCCAAAGGCACUCUUGACGAAGGAGGCCUUGACGCGUUCGAUGACCGAUUCACCUCGUGCUUGCUGAACCACCCCCACACCACGGUGGGUUCAGAAGAUAUCAGCAGCUCCAGGACCUUCCACCAGCUGCGCCGCCUGUUCCACGGGGCAGCUGACGCCCGCGUUCGCUGCGCCGCGCUCCAAACUCUGGUUCGGCUCCAGUGUCCCGGCCUUGUCCAGGGCCUGGUCGAGCGUUGCGCCCAAGAGACCGACGCUGAUGUGCUCGCCCAGCUCUAUCGAGCUGUGACGGAGCAUCAUUUGACCGUGCCCACAGUGGGCCAGACUACCAUUUCGCUCGAGUCUCUCGUGGACGCGGCGCCGCAUGGUCUGAACCACUGUGACGUGCGGGUGGUGGCCGCGGCGAUCUCGAUGGUUGACCGCAUCAGUAACCACUACCAAGACCAGGGCCGUGGUGUGGAUGAACUCUAUUGCAUGAUUGCGAAGGCGGUGAGCCGGCUGUUCAUGAGCAGCCAGCCGGGGGUAGAAAGCCUGCUGCGACUCGCUGCCGCCCGCGUCGCAGCUUACGACGAACGCAGCUGGGACCCUGCCACCGGCAACCGCGUCAACCUGCUGGAGCGCCUCCCGCCAGAGCUGCAUGAUCUCCUCGACGAGUGCCGGACCACACUGCAACGCGAGGAGAAGUGCUCCAAGCGGCACGACGUGAUGCUGCCCAUGGUGGUCUCCCAGCUCACUGCAUGCGAGCCGCUGUGGCGAGCUAUGAGCAAGGUGACGACCUCUCAGCUGGUGCCCGAGUGCAGCUGGCAGCUCCGCGAAUGCGGUCUCGUGCUGCUUGGGGUCAUGGCGCUAGUCUGGGAUCACAACGAGAUGCAAGCCUUCGUGGAGGAACACUGGGCAUUCCUCGUUGCAACGCUCAACGAUCCUGUGGCCCAAGUGCGCCUCAGAUGUUGUCGCACCAUAACUGAGCUGCUCGCGAGCAGUCCGCCGAUCAAACAAGACCACGACCGACUGUCGCGUCUGGUAGAUGAAGGCCUCCUGGUCCUGUUCUCCAGCGAACUGCGCCGCUACAGCCCCGCACCAAGCCCAACAGCAGCAGAAGAUGCUACGGCUCCACAGGUGUUCGUCCACGCGCUCGCCCUCCUCCGCCAGCUCGCCGCGGAGGAAACACAGUUCACGCAGGCCGCGGUUCAACGCGCAUUCCUCGGCUACCUCGCGGGCAUCGCUCACAUUCCGCUGAACCGCCUGCCGGAGGUGAUGGAGUGCGUGCUCGAGUGGUUCAAGCGGGACAAGGCACCGAGGGCGCAAUUGGCCUGCGCAGCCCUGAUGGACACGAUCGAAGAGCACCGCCAAGGCCACGACCUGUGCGCCAUCACUUUCCUGCUUGGGCUCUGGCCACGUAUCGCCACCCGCCCUUCACAAGACAAGAGUGAACAUAAACACAACACGAACCACACGACACACGGCACACGACACACGACACGACAAUCACAAAACUUCAGCCGACACGAAUGA